AUGCUGAUUUCGAUUGCUAAGAUUUCGCUCAUUUAUUUUGAAGUAUGUUUAGAAUUUCAGAGCAAUCUGAGAAGUAAAUCAUGGCAUGAACCUUUUAAUGCAGGAAGUUGCUGGGCAUUCUCUGCAGUGGCGGCUGUAGAAGGCAUCAAUGAGAUAAAGACAGGGAAGUUGGUGUCUCUGUCUGAGCAAGAACUUGUAGACUGUGAUGUUAAUGAUGGGAACCGAGGCUGCCAAGGUGGCUACAUGGACAGAGCAUUUACUUUCAUUGAGAAGAAUGGUGGUCUCGCCACUGAGAAAGACUAUCCUUAUAAAGGGACAGAUGGCAACUGUGAUAAAGCCAAAGCUGCAUAUCAUACUGCGAAUUUAAGCGGCCAUGAAAAUGUUCCUGCCAACAACGAGGAGAAACUGAAAGCUGCAGCUGCUAAUCAGCCUGUCUCUGUAGCAAUUGAUGCAGCUGGCUAUUACUUCCAACUUUAUUCUGAAGGCAUUUUCACUGGCAUCUGCGGAAAUGACCUCAAUCAUGGAGUAACAAUAGUUGGGUAUGGCGAAGAUAAUGGUCAGAAGUACUGGCUUGUGAAGAAUUCUUGGGGUGAAGAAUGGGGCGAAUCCGGUUAUGUUAGGAUGAAGCGAGAUGCUAGGGAUAAAAGGGGUGUUUGUGGCAUUGCCAUGUUACCAAGCUACCCUGUCAAGUAA